CAUGUCGCUGAAUCUCAAUUGCUUCCUUAAUCUGCUGAUAAACCCUGUUCUUCUCUACUGGAGAAGAUGAUAUAUAGCGCUCAAUUUUAUCUCUCAUAAUUUUAAAUUAAAUUUACAGAAGCGCAGAAAAAAUGCGAACUUUAAGAAUCCUCUCGUCUUACUUGAAGAAUCGUCCCGCAGGCUUCUUCAAUCCCCUCAAGCGGAGGUUUCACUCUACCUGCUACAUGAGGUCAGGCGAUCGGAGAAAUGUUCCUGUGGAGAGAAGUGCUCCUGUGGUAGCGGCCUCGUGGAGAUCGUAUAUACUUCCCGGAGCUGUUCUAGGCGGGUUUGGUGGAUUGGUGCUUUUCCUUCAUUAUAAUGAUGAAAGGAGGGCAAUUCCUAAAGGUCAGGGUGUGAAGUUUGAAAGAAGUUCAAUUCAAGGGCCGAUUAUUGGUGGCCCUUUCAGUUUAAUUGGCACGGAUGGCCGAUUCGUAACAGAACAAAACUUUCUGGGAAAUUGGGUUCUUCUCUACUUCGGUUAUACUUCGUCUCCCGAUGUUGGGCCAGCCGAAGUCCAGAAGAUGUCUAAGACAAUCAAUAUACUAGGAUCAAAGCAAGAUUGUAAGAUUCUUCCCGUAUUUGUCUCAAUCGAUCCUCAACGUGAUAACCCCUCCCAUCUCCGUGCUUAUAUCAGAGAGAUCGACCCAAGCAUAGUAGGAUUAACUGGGCAUGUUACGGCUGUGAGGCAGAUGGCACAAGAAUAUCGAGUGUUCUUUCGGAAGGUUGACGAGGAAGGAGGCGAUUAUCUCGUUGAAUCUUCUGACAACAUGUACUUGAUGAAUCCCAACAUGGAAGUAGUCAGAUCUUUCGGGGUGGAGUACGACGCAGAGGAUCUCGCUGAGGCGAUCGAAAGAGAGGUGAAGAAAGCUGGAAAUCGUCACUCGGGAUAGAUCAUUAACCGGGUAAUACUACAGUUCAGUUCUAUGUCAACACAACAUUUUUUUCUCCUAGUGCACCACUCAAUGUUAGCAAUAGCACUUCUUAGUUCUUAAUCAUACAAGGGCAAAGAGAAAUUUAAGAUUAAACUCAAGUUUUCCGAGUUCGUGUUAACAUUCACUUGUGAUUAUUUGUGUAUUAGCGAAUUCUUUUUCCCAUGUAACUCUCGUUUGAUGCAACGACUAAAUACUCGCCAAUCAUAUUCUGAUCGAGCCAAAUUUUCAAAGGCUAAAAUUUUUACGUC